GGGGACCUAUCUCUCUGAGGGUUUGUGGGGAGAGAAGAGAAUGCACAUGUGAUAUGAAGAUGCCACAGGCAGUGUCUGUGAGCCCUGUACAUGUCCUGGCAACCACGUGCAUCAAGCAUCAGGCAUAUGCCCAUCUUAAAGGCCCAAGUUUACCUGGGAGAUUAAAGAUUUCUACAGUUGGAACAGGCUGAGCUCUGGGUACCAGUUUAAACUUGAGGCUGCUCAAGCUCUCCCAAAGUGGCUACCCUGUCUCUCUUCUAAACUAGCUUCCUUGUCCUUAGAGAGGGAUGGUGUCAGAGGAGGAGUGGGAUGUCCUUGACUCUUGAUUUCAAAGCCCUUUUACGUAGUUUGGGGAUUCUCUGGGGGAAGCCUGAGUUCCAGGGCCAGAACCGAGGGAAAUAUAUUGGUGGAGGAGAGCGCGGGAUGCAGACGGGCUUACAGCUUCACAAUCCCUUGAGGGUGUUGGAAUCUGCACCCCAAUCCUCCCCCAACCCCACAUGGUCUAAUCUGUAAUACGGGGACCUGUCCCUAUCGAGUGACUUCAGUUCUCCUUCCCUCUCUGUCCCCAAAUCUGACCUUCAUCGUCAACUUUUCAGUCCUGAGUCCACAACUGCAUUCGUUUGGGCCCUGCGUCGUCUGCGCCGCUUUCCUCUUGGCCAUCCUUGCCAGCGGCGAACUGCGGGUGGGCGCGGGCCCUUUAAGAACAGGGUCCCGUUGUUCCUAUAGCUUGGACGAGAGUGCAGUCGUCCGAAGGGCUGGGGAGGAAAAGGCACCCAGGACCAGGCUCAGGGACCCGGUGAGCACAGCCCAGAGGAACUGGGGAGCGCCCCAACCUCCGCACCCGAUCUAUCAUCUCUCCUCCGACUUGGGGUCCGGGCCCUCCCUUGUCGCCCGCUCCGCCCCUGCCCCGCCCUGGCCCCGGCUGCCGGUACCGGGAGCUGGGACUCCUGUGCCGCAGCCCCGAGUCUCCAUCCUCCAUCCUCUACCCUCGGCCCUUGACAACGGGAAGCAUCUGGGCCCACACUUGCCCCGGGGCACCUCAAGGUUGCCAGCAUGAUGGCGGAGAAGGCACUGGAGGCCGUGGGCUGUGGACUAGGACCGGGGGCUGUGACCAUGGCCGUGGCGCUUGAGGACGUGGGGGAGCCCCCUGUGCUGACCACACAUCUGAAGAAGGUGGAGAACCACAUCACCGAAGCCCAGCGCUUCUCCCACCUACCUAAGCGCUCAGCUGUUGACAUUGAAUUCGUGGAGCUGUCCUAUUCCGUGCGGGAGGGGCCCUGCUGGCAAAAACGCGGUUAUAAGACCCUCCUCAAGUGCCUAUCAGGUAAAUUCUGCCGCCGGGAGCUAAUUGGCAUCAUGGGCCCCUCAGGGGCUGGCAAGUCCACAUUUAUGAACAUCUUGGCAGGAUACAGGGAGUGUGGAAUGAAGGGACAGAUCCUGGUCAAUGGGAAGUCACGGGAACUGAGGACCUUCCGCAAGAUGUCCUGUUACAUUAUGCAGGAUGACAUGCUGCUGCCACAUCUCACAGUGCUGGAAGCUAUGAUGGUCUCUGCUAACCUGAAACUGAGUGAAAAGCAAGAGGUGAAGAAGGAGCUGGUGACAGAAAUCCUGACAGCAUUGGGCCUGAUGUCCUGCUCCCACACGAGGACAGCCCUGCUCUCCAGCGGUCAGAGGAAGCGCCUGGCCAUCGCCCUGGAGCUGGUCAACAAUCCACCUGUCAUGUUCUUUGAUGAGCCCACCAGUGGUCUGGACAGCGCCUCCUGUUUCCAAGUGGUGUCCCUCAUGAAGUCCCUGGCCCAGGGAGGCCGUACCAUCAUCUGCACCAUCCACCAGCCCAGUGCCAACUCUUUGAGAUGUUUGACAAGCUCUAGCAUCCUGAGCCAGGUCAGUGCUCUUCAAGGGUAUGGUCACCAAUCUGAUCCCUAUUUGAAGGGCCUCGGCUUACAUUGCCCCUACCAUAAUCCAGCUGACUUUAGUGAGUGAGGGCCUUGCAUUGAGGUGGCCUCUGGCGAGUAUGGAGACCUGAACCCCAUGCUGUUCAGGGCUGUGCAGAAUGGGCUGUGCGCCGUGACUGAGAGGAAGAGCAGCCCUGAGAAUAAUGAGGUCCCUGCCCCCUGCCCCCCUUGCCCUCCGGAAGUGGAUCCCAUUGAAAGCCACACCUUUGCCACCAGCACCCUCACACAGUUCUGCAUCCUCUUCAAGAGGACCUUCUUGUCCAUCCUCAGGGACACGGUCCUGACCCACCUGCGGUUCAUGUCCCAUGUGGUGAUUGGUGUACUCAUUGGUCUCCUCUAUCUGCACAUUGGCAAUGAUGCCAGCAAGGUCUUCAACAACACGGGUUGCCUCUUCUUCUCCAUGCUGUUCCUCAUGUUUGCUGCCCUUAUGCCAACUGUGCUUACCUUUCCCUUAGAGAUGGCAGUCUUCAUGAGGGAGCAUCUCAACUACUGGUACAGCCUCAAAGCAUAUUACCUGGCCAAGACCAUGGCCGAUGUGCCCUUUCAGGUGGUGUGCCCAGUGGUGUACUGCAGCAUCGUGUACUGGAUGACAGGCCAGACAGCCGAGACUACCGCUUCCUGCUCUUUUUCAGCCCUGGCCACUGCCACAGCCUUGGUGGCCCAGUCUUUGGGGCUACUCAUUGGAGCUGCCUCCAACUCCCUACAGGUGGCCACAUUUGUGGGCCCAGUUACUGCCAUUCCUGUCCUCUUGUUCUCUGGUUUCUUCGUCAGCUUCAAGACCAUCCCCACUUACCUGCAAUGGAGCUCCUACCUCUCCUAUGUCAGGUAUGGCUUUGAGGGUGUGAUUCUGACCAUCUACGGCAUGGAGCGAGGAGACUUGACCUGCUCUGAAGAGCACUGCCCCUUCCGGAAGCCACAGAGUAUACUCCAAGCACUGGAUGUGGAUGGUGCCAAUCUCUUGGACUUCCUGGUUUUGGGCAUCUUCUUCUUGGCCUUGCGGCUGCUGGCAUAUCUUGUACUCCGGUACCGGGUCAAGUCGGAGAGAUAGAGCUUUGUCCUAGCCUGUGCCUAGCCCCCACAGCAGGAAGCACCCAGUUCCAGCCCUUUGGGACUGUUUUAAAACCUCCUAGACUCAAGCACUGGUUGCUGGUGUAGCCGCCUUCCCCUCUCUCAGCUCCUCCACAGGUUGGGUGGACUGACUGUGCUCUGGACCCUGGCCCUUAGAAUUGGGUGCAGCCCUCCAUGCCCAAGUUGAUGUGGUUUGUAGCUUCCUCCCUUCUUUCUCCAACCCUGCAUGCAAAGACCACAGGUAGGCCACCACCCUCCUUCCUGCCCUCAGCACCCUCCUCUGUUGUCUGCCUGGGAGCCCUGGGCUCUCCAGGCUCCCACAUACAACUGACAAAAGUGGCCCCUUCUGGGAGUCCUAACCACACAAGUCUUUGUAAACUGAGCUGGUAUGAGGUUGGGGCUCUAGGGCUGGGCCUUGAUGGGGUCCCUAGAAGACCCAUUUGGACAUUAGAAUGGAGCCAGGAAGGACUCUGGAGUCUUUCCUCCUCCUUACCUUCUGCCCUACCCCCUAAGACCCUGGCUGAUUUAGACAAUCUGCUGGGACAGAAGCUGGGUUUUCUGUCUGGUCAUCCUCCCAAUCCUGGGGAUUGGAGCAGCCUUGGGUCAUAGGAUGCCCUUUCUCCACUUUCCAUCACCUUUGUGGGAGGGCUUUGUGGUAUCUCUGCAAUAAUGUUGCUGUUUUUCUCCCACCUGCCACUGGAACAGGAAAUGCACUUUAUUCUGGGGGGUGGGGCAGUGAAUGGGAGAAGACCCACACCUCCUUUCUCACUGCCCCUGCUGCAUGUUCCUGCAAUGCUCCCUCCCUUCUCCAGAGUUACAGGCACAUACAUGUGAACAGGCAAUCUCAGCCAUCCAUAACUUUGCUGUCCCUGAUGGCUCAGAGAAAGAGUGAUGGUGGCAUGUGGUGGUGGAUGCUUGUGGGGAGGGCAGUUCCAACCUCUUCCUGGGGUCUCACUUGGACUGUGAGGAGGAGACUGGUGCUAUCUAGGGCAUCUUCUAGAUCUGCAGGUGUCUAUCCCCAGUCUUCCCUCUCUCCCAAGCCAGGGGGUGGCACGGGGCAUUAGGCUCCCUGAAGUUCAGGACCUAACACAAGCACAAGCAUGGGCACAAGUUGGUCUUGGCCACUGCCACCCCAUGGCACUUUUGUGUAUCAAGCUGGCAUUCGCUUUCCUCCACAAGCUGGCAUGUCUCUUACCUCCCUUCCCAUCAGUCUAAGGUGGCCCUUGGGCAUGCCCAGGGCACCAGGGUGACAGGCACACCAGGGUAUGUCUGGCUAUCCUGGUGGGUCCAGGCCAUUCUGCUUCCAAUUCCCUUCCCUAGGGCUCUUUUCCCUCUUUAUACUUACUGUGCAUAUAUCUCUCUAAUCUUCCCUCACCCUGCCGCAGAUUCUCCCUAUCACACAGAGAUGCCAGUUGUAUUGGUAGGAUUUCACUCAUUAUUAAUAAAACCUAUAUUUAUACAG